AUGUAUAUCAUCACAUCCUCCGACGCCGGCCAAGACCCCUCCACCGCCAUCCGCACCCUCUACAUCGACCGCGACCCCGUCACCUUCAAAGACAUCUCUCUGCACCUCCAGGGCUACCACGUCCGGCCCCGGGACGCCACUCACCUUGUCCGCCUCUUCGCCGAUGCCCAGUUCUACUCCCUUCCCAAGCUCAUGUCCCAGCUCUACGAGGAACCCAUCCACAUCACCAUCGGCUCCACACCCUUCCAGAUCCCGCGCGAAAUCUUCUCCCUUUCUGGACCCGGGAACACGCCCAACUUCUUUACGCUCGGGUUCGCCAUCUUUUUCAGCAAUCCCGAGGAUUUGUUUCCCGGUUUGGACAAGGAGGGUCUGAUUCGUCCGCCGUCCAUCGUCGCGCCUAAUGUACCGAAUCGCAGUGCCGAGGUCUUUCAGGAACUACUGCAUAUGUUGAGAGGGUACCCGGUGAAGAUCAGGGAUGAGAGGCAUCGGCAGGAGCUUCUGAGGGACUGCAGGUAUUUCAACUUCAAGGGCCUGGAGCAGCGGUUGAUCCCGCAUGAAAAGGGGUUCAAUCAGGUCAGGGGACGGGAGGAGAUUGUGCUGGGGUUGAGAGAUAUUAUGAAGAGCGGGAUAAGCGUGGCUAAUGAGCCGGUGGAGGGAGAUCCGUUGGCGGGGUGGGUGAAUUACGCCAGGCCGUAUGCGGACGACAAAGCGAUGGAACUCGUACUUGAAAUCGGCGAAGAAGCCACGCGGUUACACAUUGGACCUGGCGGGAAGGAUGUCAGAGCGGAGUUCUUCACGGACAUCAAGGCGAAAAUGGCCAAGUUAUUCGAGGUCAUCGCUACCAAGCUCAACUUGCCCUCCUCCACUCAGCUCUCGGGGCUAUUGAUGGCCAAAGGAGGGAUGGGUAGCGAACCGCCCACGUCAAGAGACACUCUUCUCAGCGAGGACCUCAUCCGCGUCAUCCUCGACCCCGAAGCAAGCAUAACAUUAGACGGCCAACCCUGGACAGCAGACGACUCUGAUCAAACUGCCCAUCCAUCACUACCCGCACACGAAACCGUAAACAGCACCCCCGGCACCACCUUCCCAUCUGCCUCCUCCUCCGGCGGCCCCUCAACGGCCGAAACCCCCAAUUCCAUCAACCUCAGCACCAACCCCUCUUCCUCCCAACAACCGAACCACCAACAAUCAUCACCACUCGACGAAAACCCCAACCCCCGCAAACGCCGACGCCUAGACUCCAGCCCGCCCUACGGAGUAACAACCACCGUCCCCACCUCACCACUAGGCGGCGAGCAAUGGAUCGUCAAAACCGGCCAGUGGCGGCUGCGUAUUCAAUCGGUUAACAACAACAAGAACGCGUCCAGUCCCUUGACCUCCAACCCGGCUAAGGCGUCGUCGGUGGUGGAAUGCUGUUUGGUGGCGGUCAAGCUUGAUGCGCUGAGCAGCGAGAGGAGGAGGAAUGAGAGGAGGGGGUUUUUGGGUGGUUAGGUACCUGACAUUAAGAUGAGGGUGAGGCCCUGGGGGUACUGAUGGGAUGGAAAACGGUUGAUGGGAUGGAUGAACUAGGAUCCGCCGAGACACAAUAUGGAUACCUAGUCAAUGCAAGGUUCUUGUAGCGGGUAUUCAAUGUUCAUUAGGUAGUCUUUGGGACUUUUAUUGUGGUUUCCUACUUGGUAGAGCUUCAAGCAACAACCCCCAUAUCACAAAUUCCAAAGCAGAUCUCCCAACACCAACGCCUGUAUGAUAUACCCAAGGUGCCAAAAGCGUUGAUCAAGCCCUACCACUUCCAUCGCACGUUAUUUGUCGACCGGAUACUGAAGACACACCACCUAAAACGCCAUCCAAGGCCACCCAUCC